CGCCCCCCGGAAGCAACUGCCGGAACGGGACCCCCGCAGUGAGGCAGGGCGGUGAAGCAAUCACGAAUUCGUCCCUGUGUCAAUUCCCAGUCCCGUAUUAUCUUCGGUGUCUCUCUUUCCGAUGUGCCUGCGUCGAUCGAUCGAUCGCUCUCGGCGUGUUCGUCUAGUUCUGGAAUUGUGUCUCGGCUUCUUUUGGGAUGAAGAUUGGCUGAUGGUCCACCUUUCUGUGCGAUGAGAGGAAGAAGCUUUCGAGUGUAGCUGUUGAAGGUUGAAGGUUGAAGGGCGUGAUUGGUGUUGUGGUGUGGGAGAAUCGAGUGAGCAAUGUGCAGGAAGAGGGGGAGGGCGAGGGGAAGGUGAGAGUGAAGCUAGGUGCUGUGAGAAGUGGUGGCCGUGGCGACGGGUUGAGAGGUGGGGGGGAGGGGUAGAGGAGACGGAGAAAAGGGUAGUCAAAUGCUCACUUCCAUGCGACUGCGUCGUCAAUUGUGGGUGCAGUUGAGGAGGAGUGGGGGGCAGGAGAAUCUCCGGAUUGCGUCGUUGUGGGUGCCCAGUUGGACUGGUCCUGGCGUUGUCGGGGAUUCGUGUGCGAGUGCGCGGAGUAAGGCGUGGGGAGAUGGGGCUGGGUUAGGGUUUAGGAGGAGUCAGUAUGGGAUUUCGUCGGAAGCUGGGGGUUCAUCGCUGCCGCCCGUUUCGUCCAGUGCACCGCUGCAGAGUGGGUUGGGGAAGGAAUUCGAGAAUUCGCUUAACAGUGCGGCUACGUUGGGGCGAGGAUUGCCAACACUUCUCAAAAGGGACGACGGGUAUGGAGUAAAAAAUGGGGCAUUGUUCAUGGCAGGGGCGGGCACAAUUGCGCUUUUGUCAAUAUUUGCAGCAUCUCCCGAUGCAUUGAACAGUUUUCCGGAUGUCAAGCAUCGGGUGGAAUCGGGCUUUUCAGUUGUAUGGAGUUCAAGUGCUGGAAUUGGUCGGGAAUUGAUGAAGAUGGCUGAGAGGGUGAAAGAUGUCUCGGUUCGUUCGUUAGUGGACUUCGUGGAAGCGUUUGCCUCAAUCUGGGUGCUGGCUCGAUGUAUAGCCGCAGUCUUGCUGUCAAGUGUGGACAAUGCAUCGUCUGAGGUGGCGACUUGGUGGCGGCCUCGUGUUGCGUCCUUCAUUGCUGAUUUGGCAGCGCACGAGGCUCGGAGGAAAGCCAUUCUGGUAUCUGGAGAUGGUAUGGUGGUGGACUGGCUAUUGAAGGCAGUUGGCGGUUCCAGGCCAGCCUGCCAGUUUACGCAGGCAGAGGCAUCAAGAGCUCUUGCGUACCUUUUGUCAGAUGUGAAUACGUCAGAGAGUGUGCUAGGCAGGCCACAUUCUUUGCCCUAUCUGCUUCAUUUUGCAUCCUCUAUACAAGUGAACGAUGCUGUUGAGAGCGUAAGUUCAGGAAGGAAAGGCGAAGGUACCCCGGAAGAGCGUGGUGUAUCCAAAGGAAAGAGUCUGCUUGUAGCAGCUAUCAUGGAUCUCGUUACGACGAGUUGUGAGAUUGGGGAUACAGCUACUGGUUUUCGGCCAAUGCUUCCAGGGAAAGCAGAUCCAGCAGAUGUGGCUGCUGUUUUGCAGGUGGUAGAACGCGGAUGGCUCGUCGAUGAUGGAGAAGAGCAUGGAGAUGAAGGCGAUAGCGACAGAGGUGGCAUUGAAGGAAUUGGGAUUCGAGUGCUUGGAGGAACUGAAAUUGUUGGUGUUCAAAGGACGGCAGCUAGUAUUCGCCAGCAAACGCUUUAUUCUUAUUUAAACAAAAUCAUGACAUCAUUUACGGCGAGUGUAUUCCCUAUGGAUGAAUCUCUAAUAAGUCAUUUUGGUUGGUCUCAUGGCCAAAAUGGUGACCUCCAUCGAGUUGAAUAUAAUGGUAACGUUUCUGGGUUUGGUAGGAAGGCGCACAGCGAUAGUUUGAGCAGUAGCUAUGGUCUGUGGGAUGAUCUUCCGGGCAGGUUUGUGGCGGUGCCUUUGGCAGCCUGGGCUCUUGCUACAUGGGCUCAGGCGUCUAAUGAAAACCGGUCUACUAUCAAAAGUAUUGAUAAGGAAGGUGACGCCUUGCUGGCUGCUGUAGUUGCACCAGAGAGAUCUGUAAGGUGGCAUGGUGCCACGGCUAUGAAAUACUUGCUCCAGAGUAUGGAUAAUGACUGCCAUGAAGUAGCUGCUCGGUGGAGUUCUGCACUUCUGGAGAUGGCAGCUCAAGCUACCACUGACAAAGACAUGCAAUUGACAUCCUCAGCUAUGACAUCUUUUGCAGCUUGCAUCUCUCAGUGUCAGAGUGCGCGUGUUUUGGCGAUGGAUAAAGGGUUUCCAACACUAAGAGAAAUUGCCAAGUUAACAGAAAGGGACGAAAGCAUACAAGGGGCGAUUGCCCAGAGUCUUGAUGUCCUAACAAGUUCGAGAUCUGGACUUUCUGUAGAUGAGAGUAAAAAGUGGUCGCCCAUUCUCUUAAGAUGGGUUUGCACUUAUAAGCCAGACAGCCUGGCGAGGUCUUGUGGUUGCCGUAUCUUGAACCGUGUUGUGAACAGCUUAGGACAGGAUGGGAUUCCUAUAUCACAGGCUUGGCUUGCUAUGCUUCUUAUGAAUAUUGUAAAUGAGAGCAAACCCAAGCUUGGAAAAGCGAAAGGAGCAUCAAUUGUCGAAGCUAAGGAAAGAUUACUUGUUCAGUCUCAACUAGUUGUUCAGGCAGCAGCUGCCGCGGGGGAUAUUGCAAAAGUGGUUGCACGUGAGGCUGAAGCUUCAGCUGCCACGGAAUUAUCUGUGAAAGGUGUUGCUGAAAGCGCACGGGAACUGCCAAUGGUGGGCUUUUUCCUUUCUCCUGUAGCGGGUCAAACAAAAGAAAGUCCACGAAAGGUCACAGCUCGCGAGGCAGCAAGUUGUACCCUGAAAGCUCUCAAAGCCUUGACGGAAUUAAUAGCGGAGGACCAGGGUGGCAGACGGCGAGUCCUGGAAGCUGGUGGUCUAUGUCUAUUGAGACGUCUUCUGCUUUGUGAUGACUUCGAUCAAUGGGCGGCUGCGGAAGAAGUGGACUUCCUGAAUCGUGAUGCUUCAAAUCAGGCUGCAAAUGCAGGACAGCAAGAGAAACCACCUGCAGUGUCGCCGAGGGUAGAACCCAUCUCUGGCAUGACCAUGCAUAUUAAGAAGCAUGCUACGCGGCUGCUUGCUAGUUUGUCGUUGCACCCAUCCGCUUGCGCCACAAUAGCGAAAGAUCCAGAGUGGUGUGCAUGGUUGGCAUCUUGUGCUCGAGGUCAUACUUCUGACUACAAAGUGCGUAGUUACGCUCGGGCAGUUCUGCAUCAUGUCUCUCUAACGAAGGCAAUGAUGGAGGACAUGACAUCAGAAUCCUCCGCAUCUGAGAGGCAAUCUAACUUAGGUGUUAUUGAGGUCUCUGAGGAGAGUUUGGGUGAAAUUUGGCCACGGUAUGAGGAUUCCAUUUUUUUGAUGAACCCUGAUUCAAUGUACUGGGGUGCACUAUCGUCCAAGGAUUAUGUUGGCGCAAGCCGUGGCAAUUAUCUACAUGAGCAUGUUGAACUUCAGCAUGAUACAAGAUACGGAGAGAGGGAGGACGAUGGUGAACCUGUACUCGAUGUUGUGUUCGUGCAUGGUUUAAUGGGGGGCCCGUACAGGACCUGGCACAUUGCCGAGAAUAAGAGUUCAACUACCAGUGGACUAGUGGAAAAAAUCGAUGAGGAUGCUGGGAAGGCAGGAACUAGUUGGCCUGAGGACUGGCUUACCGAGGACCUCCCUGAUUGCCGAUUGUUGACAGUUAAGUAUAAGACAAACUUAACCCAGUGGUCAGGAGCAACUCUUCCCUUGCAGGAAGUAAGCUCGAUGUUGCUUGAUAAACUGGUUGCAGCAGGGGUUGGGAAGCGACCGGUGGUUUUUAUCUCUCACAGCAUGGGUGGUCUGGUAGUGAAGCAGCUCUUGGUGCAAGCGAGUCAAGACGACAAACGCCAUGACGAAAAGCGUGCUCAACUUUUGGAACAAACGUCUGGCAUUGUUUUCUACAGCUGUCCUCAUUUUGGAAGCAAGCUUGCUGACGUGCCAUGGAGGAUUGGUUUAGUAUUCCGACCAGCACCAUCAAUAGCAGAACUUAGGAGUGGUUCGCCUAAAUUGGAAGAGCUAAAUCGUUUCAUCCGGCAGCUCCACGACAAGCGUGGUUUGAAUGUCCUUAGUUUCAAUGAGACCAAAGUCACUCCUCUGAUAGAAGGUUAUGGAGGGUAUGGGUUCCGCAUGGAAGUCGUAACUAAAGAUUCUGCGUACCCAGGAUUUGGUGAACUGGUGUCAUUGGAAGGCACUGAUCACAUCAACUCUUGCAAGCCUAUAUGUCGAACCGAUCCUGCUUAUACCAGAACUCUUGGCUUUCUUCAGAAGGUGAUAGAGACAGCUCGGCAAUCCAAGCGCGAACAGGAGUAGGCUAGAAGCAGUUGCAUUUAAUUCUCUUGUAAGCUCGUUUGUACAUUGACUUGAGAUAGAUGAACCUUCUGCAAAGUAUCAUGGGCUCCGACUAAAAAUGAGAUAGAACAAGACGAUUAAGAAAUUUGAAGAUAAUUUAUUCUUAAAAUUAUCAUCUUUUCCGUUUGGUUCGGUUCCAAAUAA